UCAGUUUUGAAAGAAACGAAAGUUGAGCCUGACUGUUGAUGCUGUUCAGAGUGGUGCGGAGGAAAAAAUAAACACAAAAGAACAGGAAAAGAAUAAGACAAAGUGAGCCUGCUUUUCAAGACACUGGUCCUGCUUCAACAGUGAUCCUGCGUCAAGUAAAGCUUAGCAGUGUUUAGCAGUCUUCCACUUGACCACAACGCUGAAGUGAGAGCAGAACAUGGACGUGGUUGUGCGCCAUAACCACAGAGGACACCAGGAGUUUGCUGUCCAGGCCGAGCACUUGAAACUGCCGUACCUAGGACUGAGACUGAAAGCUCAGGGCAUUCACAACAAGUACCUCUUCAAAGACAACAUCCCAGAAUACCCAAGGCCAGAGUUCUGGGUUUCCCAGCUCAGACACGACACGAAUGAAGGCGGGCUAUUUGGCAUAGCCGUCGAAAGCGAAGGGGGGUUCUGUGCUAGGGACCGAGAAGAGGGGCCAGAGGACCCAGAAGAGGGGCCAGAGGGUUUGGACCUGCUGUGGUGGAGCUUGUCUUUGGGAGCAGAGGAGAUGGCCUCGGCUGAACAACGUCUGCUCCAGACCAGGUACCCUGACAGGACAGAGGAGCAGGCCAGGGAGCAGAAAUCCUUCCUGCAGAGGUUCGCCACCUCACCUGCCUUCCUGGACACCUCUCGACUGGGCUCCUACCGCUUCACCUUCCCCCUGGAGGAGCUGCUUAAGAGAUACCGGGAACAGCUAUGCGUUGGACACGAGCCAAUCCUGCGUGUGUAUGAGACAGUCCUGUACAAAAAGGAGGUGAUGUACUCAGUGCUAGUCCACAGUCACUUCAACAACGACCUCUUUGAGAAGUACCCUCUCCUCCAGGACAAUGACGAUGGAGUCUGCGCUUAUAGAGAUGGACAAAUCAUUUGGAGACCCGAGGCCAUGUGUGAGACACACAGCUUCAAACUGGUGCCAAAGCCCUACCAGAACCAGGAUGUAGCCCACCUGAUCCCUGAUAAACAGAAACACCAGUUCUACGUUUGGGACAACAUUGCUGUAGCGUUCCACAUGGACGGUUCACAGAUGUUGAACUUCGAUAUGUACAAUUUGAGAGGCCAUCUGAGAUUCUGUGAGCCAGGAACGCCACCAAUUUCCUCCACCUGUGAGUUCACCACAUACGAGGAUGCCAAAGACAGCGUAGACUACUAUUGGCCUUACUACCAUACCCCCCUGUUCUGAUAAACUUACUACUACACCCCCCCUGUUCUGAUAAGCUUAAUACCACACACCCCUGUUCUGAUAAACUUACUACUACACCCCCCUGUUCUGAUAAACUUACUACUACACCCUCCUGUUCUGAUAAACUUACUACCACACCCCCCUGUUCUGAUAAACUUACUACCACACCCCCCUGUUCUGAUAAACUUACUACCA